CCGAGUGAAGCGAGUUUCCAACGUCUCAUCACGUUGCUAAACUUUGAAAUGAACUUAAGGAUACGGCGGUGGCGAGGACUUCGCGGCGGUAGGACGGCGUGAUUGCGGGUCUUUGGGGGCCCCCGGUCCGCCACGGAAACUGAAUAUGGGCCAGACUGCCGUGUCCACCGUGUCUCAGAGUGCGAGCGUUGAUGGGCUGGAGAGGUCGUCAUCACUGGCCAACUGUGACGUUGUAGUGGGCAGCGCCAACCCCACACAGAGUGCCCCUGCAUCGCGGCAGCAGAGGGGCAAGCUCUCCUCCUUAGGGAAGCUCUUCAAACCCUGGAAGUGGAGGAAGAAGAAGACCAGUGACACGUUCCAGGACCUUUCCAAGGUGUUGGAGAGGAAAAUCUCAACCCGGCAGACCAGGGAGGAGCUCAUCAGAAGGGGAGUUCUGAUCCCAGACCAAGAUGACCAAAUCUGCAGUGAAAAUCUGAAUGGCCAUGCCACUGCAAGUUUGACAUCAGAGGAGGUCAAAGUUGAUGUUGAGUCACCCGAGGUACCAUCGGAGGCACAGGUUAUUGGGCCAGAGAACAAUGAGGACCCAACAGUCAAAACAUCUCAUCCAAAGAAGACAGGGUCCACAACAAAAACUGCGGCCGCAUCCACCACCCGUUCCCGGGUGUGUAAGAAUGGAGGAUCAGCAGUAAAGACUGGUGGGGCAGAAGGAAGGGCCAACCAGAAAUCGGACUCUGCUACCCCCUUAGCCUCCUCCUCUACACCUCCUAAGGCCUCCCCAGAGACUGCAAGUCUGCCAGAGGAUCUCAAGUUCCUCUCUCCCUCCUCAGACUCCCAGCCUGCCCUGUUACAAAGCUCACCUCCGGAGGCAGAGGGGUCCCAGGCUGACCCCAACUUGGGCCUAGAGCUCAAAUCCACUCCCAAUGUCCCCUCGUUGGAUCUGGAGACCAACGGCCCCUCUGGUGUGGCUCUGGUACUUGGAGAGGAUUCACCUCAUGUCAAUGCAGUUACAGAGGACACCUCUUUUACAGAGGGAGAGACAGACAGCUCCUCACAGGAGGAUGAACUGAAGAAGAUGGGAGGGGAUGGAGGGGGAGGGGGAGGCAAUGGGGGAGUAGUAGGAGAAGAGAAGAGGAUGGGUGAAAUGGAGUCUUGUGUGGAAAAUAGUCAGAGGCCACUAAGGGGCGAUGCUGAAAAACAACAUGGGCACAAUGUGAAUGUGGAACAGCCUGAAGUGACGGUGAUCCCCGAGAGGUCGAGGGACAGCCAGACGAGUGACUCUGACUCCGACGGACCAAUCCUGUACCGAGAUGAGGAGGAAGAUGAGGAGGAAGACGAGUAUACAAACAGCUCCCUAGCCAUUAAGAUCCGAAGGCGAGAUACCCUCAACAUCAAGCUGAGGAAUCGGCCCAGCAAGAGAGAGCUGGAGGAGAAAAACAUCCUGCCGCGCAGCUCAGAAACCGAAAGGCAUGAGCUACGACAGCAGAUAGGCUCCAAACUAGUCAGACGCCUGAGCCAGCGACCCUCCCCAGAGGAACUUGAGCAGAGGAACAUCCUCAAACAGAAAAAUGAAGCAGAGGAGCAAGAAGCCAAGCAAGAGAUUAAAAGGAGACUCUCCAGAAAGUUGAGCGUCAGGCCUACAGUGGCAGAGUUGGUGGCACGGAGGAUCCUGCGUUUUAAUGAGUAUGUAGAAGUAACUGAUGCUAAGGACUACGACCGCCGGGCGGACAAACCCUGGACUAGGCUCACCCCUGCAGACAAGGCUGCUAUCCGUAAGGAGCUGAAUGAGUUUAAGAGCCGGGAGAUGGAAGUUCACGAAGAGAGCAAGCAGUUCACCAGAUUCCACCGGCCCUAAACACCAUGAUGACCAACUGGAUUUCACUACCACAAACUCUGUUUUCUACAGCCUUAUCGCCACAAAACCAGUCUCCCAGCCUUCAAAACCAACCUCAGUUCACGUUGCCUCCGGAUGAUUCCUCAACCAACAAUGAUAUGGGCUUAUGUCUCAAGGAAAGAACCUACAUCCUAUGUAUAAGGCCUUAGAUAUAUAACUUAGUAUUUACGUGUCUAUGGUCAGAACUACAGCACGUCAUACAGCUCUGGUCAGAUCAUUUUAUUUAUUUGGGAUAAUGCCCUGGGCUUAUGAUAUGUGCCACGAUACCCCCCCCCCCCAUUCUCCACAUUCAUUUACAUUAAGCCAAUCUAAAGAAAAGAGCCAGGGGAGAAAAUCGAGGGAAAUUGCCUCUCUAGAUGUGGUGAUUGUCUGAACCUUCAGAGGCGGUUGGUUGGCAUAGCCUGUAUGUAAAACAAGAAAGCCUUCAGUUUGGGGAGGUGAAGUUGUUUUCAGUGUAUAAAGCACUCGGGAAGGUAGUUGUUAUGUUUAUGGCUAUGUAUGGGCGUCGUCUCAGAGCAGAAAAUGGAGGUGAUUGGAUUGCUGCAUGCUGAUGUGACCGUCCGUGUCACAGAUGGGAAAGAAAGGGAGAGAGUUUGAGACGUUCAGAUGAGCGUCCCUGAACCCUGUCUCAUAUUCUGCAGUUCAUUGUUUUGAGAUGUAGUUUAAAGUUUAUGGCCACUAGAGGGCACAAUGUUAUAAUAAUCCAAGAAUGUAAAAAUGCAUAUGCAGAUGAAGAAUAGCCGGUCAGUGUUUUCGGACUUGGGCGGCUGAAGGUCGAAGUUACAAGCACCUAAGACUUUAAAGAAGGUAUGCAAUGGAGGGUUGUGAUGUUGCUCCUGUACUGUAUGAUUUCUCAUAUGUUACGUUUAUGAACUGCAUCUCCUCAGGUGUUUGAGGGGAGUGCCAUACCAGUUUUAAUGCGUACACUAUGUUUAGGGGGUUUGCUAUUAAAGUGUCGAAGAGUGCCUUUCUAGUAUUGCAGAGCUGUUUCGCGUCUCCAUUUCAGACACUGGGCUGAGGCUCUCGUCCAGACUGACGUGGAACAAGCAGCAACAAUGAAGGAAGCGCACACCUGAUCACCCCUUCAUUUCUUCUUACUCUCUAAUUCACUGUGGUGUCAGAGGCCAAUCCGAGCCCUUAUGUUCCUCCGGUGUCUCAGCCUCAGUGGGACGGUUGAUGCACUGAUGUAUUUUGUGAACGUGAAUUCACCCGGUUAUAGCCAUGGGCUUUGGGUAGUGACCGAAAGAGUGAGAUCGCGAUACAAGCGGCUGAAAUGAGUUUCCUCCGUAGGAUGUCUGUUAGUGAUAGGGCAAGGAGCUCGGACAUCCGGAGGGAGCUCAGAGUAGAGCCGCUGCUCCUUCGCAUCGAAAGGAGCCAGUUGAGGUGGUUCGGGCAUCUGAUUAGGAUGGCUCCUGGUCACCUUCCUUUGGAGGUUUUCUGGGCACGUCCAACUGGGAGGAGACCCCAGGGGUAGACCCAGAACUCGCUGGAGGGACUACAUGUUCAAUUUGGCCUGGGAACGCCUUGAGAUCCCCCAGGAGGAGCUGGAUGGCGUUGCUGGGGAGAGGGAGGUCUGGAGUGCCCUACUUAGCUUGCUGCCACCGCGACCCGACCCCGGAGAAGCGGCUGCUGAUGAGAUGAGAGAGAUGAGGAUUCACCCAGUGACAGUAAAUCAGUUCUGACUGUCUCCAUGAAUACAAACCCAGUAUGGUCAACAGCACGUUGCAGAAUCUAAAUCUUUCACAAAUACAAAACUAAGCAAUGAUUUCGACCGUCUUAUUGAUCGGCCUCUUGAGGGAGAGACAUUUUUUCAUCUUUUCCAGUUGCCCGAGCACUGUUUUGGAAAGCAUCUGUAUAGAAACCUGCCAGUGACACCAUGGUGUGACUUAUGAAGCCGCUCAUUGGAGUGGCAUCUAAAAAUGGGAGAUGAACAGACAAGUGGCUCCUGUACACCUUGCCUUAAUAUGCAUCUUUACACAUGUAUAUCAGAAUCAGAAUACUUUAUUCAUCCCCGAGGGGAAAUUGGGUAUAUGUAUAGCCUUAAGUGUCCAUAGAGAGGCGGAUCACGUUUUCGCCCAAAGAUGUAGGCUGGCACUGCUGGCAAGCCUUCUGCAAUCUGUUAAAUUAAAGAAGUCUGUCAGCUGAUGACCAUGCUGAUGAACCAGCCUCUGGACUACGGUUCAGCUAAUGCAAUUGACAUUGGUGUUUGUGACCCUCCAUAAAAUUCCAAAAAUAUUGUACCUAGGGAACAAAGCCGGUCUGUAGGUGUUUCGGCCUUUUUAGUCAGAAGGUUUUAAAGGUCUAAGAAUCAAAGAAGGUUGAAUCAGUUCAUCUGGAUACAACGUUUAUUGACAGAUGUGUUUCUUUACUCAUCUAUGUGACAUCUUCAGUCUAAACUGGCUGCAGGUAUCCCCACCCUUAUAAACAAUACAGUGGCAUAACCACCGAAACCAACGACCAGUUUCAUAUGCAAAUAUGGGUGUGACCAUUAACCAGCAUUACAAUGGCCAUGAGUCCUAUUCACAGAGUAUCUGGGAAUGUUUGCAUCUUACAGCAUUGUAAAAUGGCGACAGAUGUACUCUAAGUCCCCCCGGUUCAGGGAUGGUCAUUCCCUCUUCACAUAGAUGGCCUCUGACAGCGUUCCUCCCUAUCAAGGAUGUGCACCUCAUCAUCCUUGAAAGAGUGGCCACUGGCCUGUAGAUGGGUGUAGCCUGUGGAGUCCUGGCCUGACGUGUUAGAUCUUCUGUGUUCUGUCAUCCUCUUGGCCAGCGUCUAUUUAGUUUCCCCAAAGUAUAAGUCACAGCAAUCCUCCUGGCAGUUAACAGCGUACACUAUAUUGCUCUGUUUGCGCCGGGGGACCUGAUCCUUGGGGUGAACCAACUUCUGGUGCAGCGUGUUUUGGGGUUUGAAAGCAACUGAGACGUGAUAUUUGGAAAAUACGCAUCUCAACUGUUCCGACACUCCCACUACAUAUGGAAUCACCACUGGUGUACACUGAGGCAACUGUUGUCCUUCUUCUCUCUUCAGUCGGCUGGUGCACUGUUUGGGCGUCUUCCUGGCUUUGACAAAUGCCCAGUUAGGAUAGCCACACUUAACCAGGACCUGUUUAAUAUAGGAAUUUCUCCCCAUCCCCGGCUGCUGUGAUUGGUCUUACAAUGCUGUGAUAGCAAACAUUCCCAAAUCCUCUGUGAAUAGUACACAUGGCCAUUGAAUAUCUAGUUAAUGCUCCCACCCAUAUUUGCAUAUUGUACAUACAAACUGAUUGUUGGUUUCAGUCGUUAUGCCACUGUAUUGUACCGUAUAAGGGUGGGGAUACCUGCAGUCGGUUUAGACUGAAGAUGCCACUUAGAUGAGUGAUGAAACGUAUCUGUCAAUAAACGUGGUAUCCCGAUGAAGUGAUUCAACCUUCUUUGAUUUUCUUAUCUGGAUUAUUGAGCAUGCAUCAAGACAAAGGUCUGAGAAGUUUUGAAUGUCUCCAAGACUGACUUAAAAGGAGACAAAUUUGAUGCGUUAUACCUCGUUUGACAUGCAGUUAAACUCCGUGCAGAUUAUAGUGAAACGGACAAGGCACAUGCUAAUAUAAAGUGUAAAGGUGGUGCGGGGGUUAUGAUGGUGUCUGUGUGAUACUUGGGUCUUUGUGAGAGGUCAUUUCUCUAUUUCUCAAUUGGCAGGAAGAAACUUGUUUGUUUUUUUUUCUUCCCCCUACCUAGCCACAAGAAAUACUUAAGAUGUGCAUCACUAAGUAUCCCGGAGGCACAUUAAAUUUAAAACAAAAUAUUUCCGUCCCAUUGCUUUUAGAUGUUUUCUAUGUCGACAAUUAAAGAAGGAUUUUGUGGUUUUUCCACUCGGCAAACUUUUACCAGAGGGGAAACAUUGCCUGACAAGGGGACGUGUGGCUGGUUUUAAACUAUCUUGCUAACCUCAACAUUUCUUUUGUAAAUGGCCUCAAACCACCAAGACGCUUUCUUUUCGUUUAAACGCAGUAAUCGAAAAUGGAUGUGAUUCCUCUAUCCCCUCGCAGCCCCCCGGAAAUUGUAACAUAAAAUCUGUGUACAUCAUUGAAAAAGAACCAACAGUAUUCGUUCACAUGAAUGUCUAGCUUGUUAUAUAUAUGGAUUACUUUGUACAGAAUGUAUAUUGAGCAUGUGCAUACAUCAAAAUCCAGUUUACUGCCAAUGAAAUUAUACAGUGUCACUCUGUUGUGAAUGUUUUAAACUAUGAUUUUUGCUGUUUUAUUAAAAAAUGGUUAUUAACCCUGAGAUGUUGACAAUGCAGUGUUCCGCAGAGUCCACCCACCCACACACACAGACACACACACACACACAUACAAGUGCUCUUUGUGGGUGUCAUAACAAUUGCAGGGAGAUUGGCUUUAAUUUCAAUAUGUGGAACCACUGCCUUGCCUUUACUUAGCAAACCCGUCUCCCCACUCGCCUUACUCAUGGUCGUACACAGGGUAGAGAUGGUAAUUAACCUCCACUGAAGCACGAAAAGUUGAGUCAAUGCUUUAUCUGUGCAUGAGAGACCGACCCUGGACGGCAACAAGGUUUCUUAUCAUAUCUGGAUGAAGAAUUGUUUAAUCAACUAUCUCUUUUUUAUGCCUCAAAUGAGCUCCUCACGCAAUUCUUUA